GUGCUGUGGGCUGAGUGGUUGUACCUGUAAAUCCUGUGUGUGAACUGGGACUUUCUUGCUGACACCGCAUCUGCACUCUCCGCAAUCAAGGAAUAUCAUGCUGCUAUUGAAAGCACUUUCCAAAGGAAAGAUAUGAAGUUUGGCAAAAGACCAGCAUGUGGGCUGAAAUCAUUGAAAAACUGGGUGGCUCUUUGUGUGUUGAUCGUGGUGGUGCUCCUGUUGUGUCAUGACCCAUUGCUAAUAAUCUGGUGGCCUCAGAAACCUGCUGAGAAAACUCAGAGUGAGGGUUUACCUCUGGAUAUGGCGACAGAUUCCAUUGAUGACAUGUUUGACGGAUGCCGAUCUGAAGCAGCCUCUAUGAUCGACCUAUUUGGCGUGUUUGAGUGGCACUUCAACAGAAACUUCAGUUUUGCCUGGGCUUCAGCUGAAAGAGAUGCAAAGAAACCUGCGUACAAGUUCCUGAAAGAAGACCACGCUAUAGUCAUGUACAUGUACACAAAACUGAAACAUAUCCAAGAGGAUUUCAACAAAGCAGUGAAAACAGGGAAACACAAGUACAGCACAUACGGUUUCAAGUACCACUAUUUCUACUUUUACCUGACCGAUGCCAUUCAAGUUCUGCGUCAGAAUCAGACGUCGUGCAGAACCACCUAUCACAGGACAUGGAGACAGUUUAACCGCAAUGUCGUCCACACGAACAUGCGUUUUGGUGCCUUCACUUUGGCAGCUUCGACUAAGCCGGCAUUUGAUUUUAAUGGCAAUGUGUCUUGUUUUGAGAUCUACACGUGCUUUGGUGCGGAUGUGACAUAUUACUCUGCUACAAACCAAAUGGGACAGGUGCUGAUACCUCCCUAUGAGGUUUUCAAAAUCACCGAUGUCCUAACAAAUGACCCAUGGUGCAGUGUGGUUUACAAGCUGGAGAGCACCAAAAUACCAGCGAGAGAUUUAAAUUGCAAACUGCAUCAAUAUCAAAUAAAAAAAUAUUUUGGAGAUGUUCCAACACACUGGCAUAAAAACGAUGUGGGGAUGAGGAUGUUAGUAUAUGUUCUACUGAUGGUUAUAGUUGCUUUAGUUCUUGUAAUCCGUGGUAAGAUGUGUUUUGUGGCUGCAGUGACGGGUGCUCUGCUGGUGCUGAUUUUUAUUGCGAUGAUAGUGAGAAUUAGCCAGUGAUUCAAAGAUGGGAGACGAGGUCUUAAUGGGACACA